ACACUACACAUUGGUGACAACAUUUUGCCCCCUCUGUUCUGUCGGCUCUCUCGUGGCGAAGGAGUCAGAGGGUCGCAUGGAACACUGCACGCAAUGCCUGGGUUCAUGUCUCGAGGGCGAAAGCUACGGUUUGAUCUAGUCGAGCGAGCCGACUGGCCCGGCGAACGUCACCUCCUGCCGUCAUAAACCCACACAUUGCGUGGGUACAAAUGGAUCCAGCACACGGUCACCAGCCACCUCAUCCCAGCGAAUCGAUCCCAACGCUCAACCAUAACCGCAUUCGACUCGGUCGAGACUUUCUCCAUUUGACGUGUACAAUCUACUCCAGCAAAGACGACCCCAAAUGCUCAAGUCCCUCCACCAUCACAACCUAGCGUGCUCUGUGACCAAUCCAACUGGCUGAUGCGACAAACGACUCGACACGGGACGUGAACCCAACGACAACCAUGGAUCCCCACCAUGUUGAAUUGCGCAACCUGAUCACUCAGCGCCGUCGAUUGAGAUUGCGCAAGUGCUCAUGCAGCCCGCCAUCGUUAACGUCCGCUUCGAUCGAACUACCGACUCGAGUGACGACGUUUCGUUCUCUCAAAUUCGGUACUUCCUCGGUGGCACUCGUGGCCGGUUCCUGGCUCCACCGUGACCCCCCGCGGCAUGCACUUCCAGGCAGUGGCGAAAGCUAACUCGUUCAACUUGCCUCUCCGCCGACGGUCUCGGAAGCUCUUCACGCGAUGUCUCUCGUUCGGUGCUGUCGUCGUCACGUUGUACAUUGAGCUGUGCGGGUCGUUUGCCCUAAAACGAACGUUGUGGGGCCGAAACUACUCCAAUCUACAAACGAUAUCGUAUCGCAGCUCGACCAUCUCCAACUUUAUCGACUUGCGAGCGGAGGCGGCGCAAGCGUCUCCAAUCGUCUUUCUCCAUAGUGAUCCUUACAGCGAGCAGACAAACGGCUGCACCAUCGAUGCAUAUGGCAUCGUACAAAGCCAGCUCGACGUCGUGGCAAGGAUCUUGCGGCAAUCUAAAGCGUCGCGUGGAAUUCCGUCGUUCUUUGCACCGGCGACACUCGUCGUGGAUUGCUCGUUCACAGGCCUCGUCGACGGCUCGAUUCUCCGAGUACACGUGGCCGACGCUGAGCGGAGCCAGCUCGUGACUUACACGAUCCAAACCUUACGAGCACUGCGGCCCACCAUACACCAAGAUGAAGCUUGUGUCUUGGUUGCCACCGUUUGGACCAACCUGACCGCGCUGCGCCGCAACCCGACAAGCUAUCGCCACGCUACAGCACCUUUGUACAGUCUGCGCUUGGGAUCGACAUCGCGGCUGGAUGAAAACGUCGAUGUCAUGGAGGCUCGGCCUGUGGCAUGGACAUUGCGAACGUCGAAUGGUACCGUCGAUGUACUUGGCAUCCAAGGGGUGUUUUUUGGAGAUGGUGCCCAAGGACCCUCCGAGUUGCUGGGCCACACAAUUCAGUUCAUGUGGGCGCAGCCAGCCACGACGACGGCUCUGGACUACCUGACGGCCAUGGACGUGAUGCACCAAACGACAAUCUCGCAUACGUACGCGUGGAUACAGGCCUUGAUUGUCGUGGGAGUGUGGGGCCGCCUCUUGGUCAACUUGAUUGUGACUGGAGUGGUUGUGGUCAGUCGGUAUAAAGCCACGGGAAAAGUUGCGCUGCCUCAAGUAUUUCCUGCUGUGCAACGCACGCUGGCGAGUCGGGCGUGGCUCAUCAUGCUUGCUAUGAUGUGCGAUCAAUUCUGGGGCCUGCGAAUCUUGGCUGUUCGACAUGGCUACACUCGCCUGUACCUGUGGCCAGCUAUGGACGACCCGACACUUCGAGCCAACUUGCUCACGUGGUUUAUGGCGCUUGCGUCGUGGGUGGCCCGCCACUUUGACUUGAGUCUGUCGCCGAUGGUCGUGCUCGCCAUCUUCUGCCUAUGCGAGCACUUUCAAUCGGCAUUCUUGCUUCCGCUUCCAGCAGUCGACCGACACCUGGCUAAAAUGUACAACCAGAAUCAACUUGAAAGCGCGCCGGGAUUUCUUCCGACGAGGUCGUACGGGUCGUUGCGGGGCAUGCCCUGGUGGUUCGUCAUGUACGAUCUGUCAUGGCUUAUCGUCGCAUGCAUGGUGCUCAUCGUGUACGUGGCCAUCGUACUAGCAGCGACAAGAGCCGAUGCCCGACAUCACUCGCGCCGCAUGAAGCGGCGGAGCGCAGUGUCGCCAUUUGGCUUCCUCCAGUCGGUGACUCAUGUGCGGUUGAUGCACUCGAACAUCACUGCGCCGUUCCGUCGGGUUUUUCUCGCCCCCCAUCAAGGGCUGGUCGAACCUGUCGACGACAUUGUGUGCACGAGUGACUCCAAAUUGCUGCUGCUCAAUGGGUCGUCGCUGUGGUGUGCAGGGUGGGUCCGUCUCAACGUGGACUACCUCGUUCGUGUCGAGGCCAUUCCAGCGCUGCUGUUUAACUUGCUGUGCCAAACCACCUUUUUCUCCGUGUGUGGUGCAAAGGUAGCCCUCUCCCAUGGAUAUCUCUUGUGUCGACGGCCACACACUGGCUCAACAUUGUGGCUCGUCGGUAGUUGGACCACGACCGGCUCACGCAUUUUGACUGUUUGUGCGUGAAUGAACUGAACUGGCGCGACUUUUUAACGCUGUCGAUCACCCAUGUCAAGCUCCCUCGACGGUUUAAAGGCCUGAGUUUGCACGAAGACUUUUCUGUGAUUCGCCAGGCUUCGCACAAUGCAAAGCCAAAACCGCACCUCGCCAAAGACGACUCGGAUCGAAAAUCCACUCACGUCGGCAGCUCUCGUGGCCCGUCCGUGUUUGAAGCAUUUGGGUAGUUCAUCGUUGCGGUAAUUAUUCCCAUCACCAAAAACGAUGCGCCGGCAUUUGAACCCAA